AUGGAUGACCUCGAAAGAAGAAGCUACGGAUGGCAGAGGAGCCGCGACCAACUCCGAGAACGGCAGAGGAGCCGCGACCAACUCCGAGAACGGCAGAGGAGCCGCGACCAACUCCGAGAACGGCAGAGGAGCCGCGACCAACUCCGAGAACGGCAGAGGAGCCGCGACCAACUCCGAGAACGGCAGAGGAGCCGCGACCAACUCCAGCCAGAAAGGUGCGACAAUCGCCGGGAUGACCGGCACAGCAAACACAGUUCCGAAACGCUGGCGAGACGCUGA